GAAAACCGGACGUCACCACAAGGAAGCGUAGGGGGAGUAUUUAAAGUUGCACAGUACGGGGUUGGCUUCUCUGUAGGCUACCGUCGUUUUUCCUUUUACCGUUUCAUUUUUCUACUGUCAAACUAAAGCUCCGGGAGAAGAUGAAGACGCUCUUGCUGCUGCUGGUUUUGACCGUGUUGUCAAACGUCCCGUCCGGCGGCUGCGCUGCCUCCUCUCCGUGCUCCCAUCCUCCGUCGACGUGGUGCUCGUCGCUGGACUCCGCUGUGCAGUGCGGGGUUCUGAAGCAGUGCCUUGAGUCCAACUUCACCGAAUCGCAUCACAAGAAAACGGACCAAGUGGAGGUGGCGCUUUACUUUGAGAGUCUGUGUCCCGGCUGCAGAAUGGCUUUCACAGAGACCCUCUAUCCCACCUGGGUCCUGCUGAGUGACAUCAUGUCACUCACCCUGGUUCCCUACGGCAAUGCACAGGAGAAACCUGAUGGACAGAGGUUUAAUUUUGAGUGCCAGCAUGGAGAACCGGAAUGUCUGGGCAACAUGAUUGAGACUUGUCUAUUGAACAUGACAGACGCUGCUAAGCACAUUAUCUACUGCAUGGAAUCCUCCUCUGACGUUAUCAAGGCAGCACAGAGUUGCGCACAACUCUACAGCCCCGACCUGAGCUGGGACAGCGUCACAAGCUGUGUGAAAGGGGACGUGGGAAACCAGCUGAUGCAUCAGAACGCCUUGAAGACCAAAGCUCUGCAGCCUCCUCACCAAUACGUUCCCUGGGUGACCAUAAAUGGGGAGCACACAGAAGAACUGCAGGACAAGGCCUUAAACUCUCUCUUCACUCUGGUCUGCAGCAUGUACAAGGGCCCCAAGAUUCCAGCGUGUGGAGGAGGAGGAGGAAAACACUACAGAAGCUACUCCCACAUUGAGUGAAGGAGGAGCACGGCACAUGUUUGCUUCUUUCCAGGUCACUAAAUAAGGGACCCUGAUGAGUGCCAUCAGAUAUUUUUGUAUCUCGGAUUUUACUGCUGUGUCUUUUAAAGGGAAAACUAUUCUGCUCAUUUAACAAUUCAAUAAAUAAAAAUUCAAUUUACUUUCUAAAAAAACAAAAA